AUGACAAUUGGAAGUCUUGCACCUAAGACAGAGAAGAAGAAAUCAAGGAAGAACAAAGCAGUUGUGAAUGAGAAUGCACCCUUGUUGCCUAAAAGUCAAGCCAAUGAAAGUGACUCCGGGUUCGAUGAUUUCAACGGCGCUUCAUUUUCCGGUGCUGUUUUCAACUUGGCAACAACAGUUAUCGGUGCUGGAAUCAUGGCUUUGCCCGCAACCGUGAAACAAUUAGGAAUGAUUCCCGGUCUUCUUGGUAUACUCAUGAUGGCUUUCUUGACUGAGAAGUCAAUUGAGCUUUUGAUUAGGUUUACAAGGGCAGGGAAAUCGGUUUCGUAUGCUGGUUUGAUGGGUGAUUCGUUCGGGAAAUAUGGAAAAGCUUUGACGCAGAUUUGUGUUAUCGUUAAUAACGUUGGCACGCUUAUCGUUUACAUGAUUAUAAUUGGUGACGUGCUCUCAGGAACAUCUUCAAAUGUAAAACAUCACUACGGUAUCCUUGAAGGAUGGUUUGGUGUGCAUUGGUGGACUGGACGUACGUUUAUUGUCCUUCUUACGACGGUUGCUAUAUUUGCUCCACUCGCAUGCUUUAAGCGAAUCGAUUCGUUGAGAUUCACAUCGGCCCUUUCCGUUGCACUGGCGGCUGUUUUUCUUGUCAUUGCCGUGGGAAUUUCUAUUGUCAAGAUAAUAAGUGGAGGCAUUAGCAUGCCGAGACUCUUCCCAAUUGUUACCGAUGUAUCAUCUAUUGUUGACCUAUUCACCGUGGUUCCCGUGUUUGUGACUGCCUAUAUCUGUCACUACAAUGUUCACAGCAUAGAUAACGAACUCGAGGACAACUCACAGAUGCAAAGUGUUGUACGUACGGCCCUCGGUCUAUGCUCAACCGUAUACAUGAUGAUAAGCUUCUUCGGGUUCCUCCUAUUCGGUGAAGGAACCCUUGAUGACGUGCUUGCCAACUUUGAUACCGAUCUCGGAAUCCCUUUUGGUUCUGUGCUCAACGACGCUGUUCGUAUUAGCUACGCCGCACACCUCAUGUUUGUAUUUCCAGUUGUGUUUUUUCCAUUGCGACUCAAUAUAGACGGUCUUCUCUUCCCUUCGUCAAGACCUUUGGUUCUCGAUAACUUCAGAUUCGCAUCAAUCACUGCUUCCCUUAUCGGUGUUAUCUUCCUUGGAGCAAACUUCAUACCUAGCAUCUGGGAUGCUUUCCAGUUCACCGGAGCAACCGCCGCAGUCUGUAUAGGAUUCAUCUUUCCCGCCGCCAUCACUCUCAAGGACCGCUACAAUAUAGCAACAAGAUCAGACAAGAUUCUAUGCGUCGUUAUGAUAGUCCUCGCUGUUGCCUCAAAUGUUGUGGCUAUAUACAGCAACGCAUUUGGGAUGAUCACGAAGAGCAAUACUUCGCGCGAAUGA